UCAUUUCCCACCAAUUCAAAUAGGACCAACCACAUUAAGCGCAGGUAUUACUGACAUAGUUUGAACUAAGAUCGCGAUAGCCGACUAGAUAGCGAUAAAUCUAAAUGUUGGUGUAAUAAAUAUUGUGAAUUUAGUCCGUAUCCGCCGAGUCGAAAAAAAUACAAAAAAAAAAAGAAUGGUAUCAGAUGGCAGAUAUUCUAUCGUUAAAAGUCAGCUACUGAAGAGUUAUCAUUCAGUAAUCGCUUGACUGAGGUGACUCUCGGAGCCCGAAAAACACAGUGAAUAUGAGCUCGACUACGUCUUGUGUACUCCUUGCGAUUUGUAUCGCCGUCGCGAUCCCGUCCGGAGAUGCCAUCGGGAUGCGCAGCCUCCGGGUCCAGCGGGGUCUUCGGGAACCGGUCGCCGCAAGAUCGGCGAGGGCGCCGAUUCUCCGAUGGAUAACUCAACCCGUCGACCACUUCAACACCCGAGACAACCGCACCUGGUCCAUGAGGUACUACGAAAACGACCAGUUCCUAUCCGGUUCGAACCCACCGAUUCUGAUAAUGCUGGGUGGCGAGUGGGAAAUCACCACCGGAUGGCUGCAAUCCGGUCAAAUGUUCAACAUAGCUUCCGCCCACGGUGCGAUCAUGUAUUACACGGAGCAUAGAUACUACGGAGGAAGCCGCCCCACGGAGGACACGAGAUCCGAAAAUCUACAAUACCUGAACGUGGACCAGGCGCUUGCGGAUGUGGCGUACUUCAUAGAAGCCAAAAAGAAGGAGAGGGGACUGGAGAGCAGCAAGGUCGUCGUUUUCGGCGGUUCCUACGCCGGAAAUAUGGCAACUUGGGCGAGGCUCAAGUACCCCCAUCUCAUUCAGGGUGCACUGGCCAGCAGCGCUCCGGUAUUUGCGAAGGCCGAUUUUUACGAGUAUUACGAGGUCGUUACGGAGGCCCUCCGGAGGAGCGACUCCCGGUGUCCCCUAGCCGUGAACCAGGCGUUCGAGUCGAUCGAGGAGCUACUGCGGACCCCGAAGGGCCCCUCGAGGCUCUCCAAAUUUUUCCAGCUGUGCGAACCUCUGGACGCAACGAACUCUCUGGACGUCUCGAGUUUCGCGGAAGCCCUGGCCUCGAGUUUCGCGGGAGUCGUGCAAUACGACGAGGUCGAUUCUACGGGGAAGACGGGCGCUGACAGGAUAUGCGACGUGAUGACGUCGUCCGCCCUCGGGUCGCCCCUUCAACGCCUGGCUUACCUGACCCGGUUGACCUCGGACUGUCGGGACGUGAAAUAUCGCUCCACGGUCGAAUUCUACUCGGCCACCGAAUGGGAAUCGCCCGCCGUCUCGGGCUCCAUGCGUUCCUGGCUCUACCAAACCUGCGCGGAAUACGGUUACUACCAGACGGCCAAUUCGAACAAAUCGGUUUUCGGGAGCCUAUUCACCAUCGAGACGUACCACGAACUGUGCAAGGACCUCUACGGGGACUACUACACCCCGGCCCUCCUGGAGUCCGCGGUGAAGAGAACCAACAUAGUUUACGGCGGUAACAAUCCCGAUGUGAGGAACAUCAUCUUCGCCAACGGAGAUCUCGACCCCUGGCACGUCCUGUCCGUUCUCGAGGACGUCGGCCACUCGGCCCCCGCCAUUGUCGUGCCCGAUUCCUCUCACUGCCAAGAUCUCUACGGCGACGCGGCCACUGACUCGGCGAAAAUGACCGCGGCCAAGGCCAGGAUCCGAAAAAUCGUUGGAGAAUGGAUCGCUUCCUGAACAAUGUUUUUGCCACGCUCUACGCCUUCCGAUUUCUCAACCGCUCGGCGUAAACAAACGGCAGUCGUGAGUAACUUGUUUACCUGUAGAGUUUGAAUUUGGGGCAGGUCAAAAAAUAACUAUUAUGUAACCGAUUCAGGGAUGUGAAGAGCAUUAUAUAUAUAUAUAUUUUGUAUACUCGUACAAAAGUCUUGUGUUAGCGGUGUAUGAUAAAUUUCAAACGGAGAAAAAAUUGAUGAAGAAAAACUGAAACAUUUAUCGCGGUGCAACGCUGCGAUUCUAAUUAUCGCAGAUUGUCCGCUAUAAAUGUAUCAUAUACAUAUACGUAAUUAACAGUCGAUUCGCUUGAUUAGAAAAAUUCCUAAUAACUCACCGGUGCGUGGGAAAAAAAAAAAAAGUUUUUCGACAAACAAAUUUACAUCGAUCGUACAUCGAUAUUCUAUCUACAUCUACUGCUAUGUAUCACGCCAACGAUAUCUAUACAUAUAUUCUCGCUAUAUACCUAUGUACUUAUAAAGAUACUAAUUUCCAAACUCUACGAUGAUCCUUCCGAUCAUCGUCUUUUCUUUCAUUUUUUUCUCGUUAAACAAUUUGUACCAAUUUUGAUUCUAGUUUUUUCUCACGUCUGAUACCGCGACAAUUAAUCCUAGAAAAAGAAGAAAAAAAAAUACAACAUCUUUUAAUAAUAAUAAUUCUUUCAAGUAUAUUUAUAUUCAACACCUAUAGUUAUGUAAAUCAUCAACAGGUAACUUUAAUUAUUGUC